AGUCAUCUAAUACCAUACAACGAGACAGCGGGAGUUCUUCCGGAAGGAGAGACACUCACCCUGAAAAAUGUCAGACAGAAUUAUGCAGGUCAAUAUGCUUGUUCCGCAAUCAAUGUAGAAGGAGAAACAUAUAGUUCUCCUUAUGAACUGAAAAUUCAAUACGCCCCCAGGUGCAAAAAGGGCUACGAAGUUGUGCGAGUAGGUGCUCUCCCGUUUGAAACCCUAGUGGUACAAUGUCACGUUGACUCGAUUCCAGACGUGACGCGGUUUUCCUGGACCUACAACACCAGUAGGGGAGUCCUGCCCGUCCACGGAGCUAAAAUGGAGAACCAGGGCAAUGUGUCAAUAUUACACUUCACUCCCGGAUCGGACGACAUUGAAUCGCUAGCCUGCUGGGCGUCCAACAGCGUCGGCCGACAGGCGAGUCCUUGUUUGUUCCACAUUGUGCCUGCAG